CAAAGGGCAGCAGCCAGCCCUGCCUUGCCGCAGCCCCCGGCUUCCCUGACCCCGGCAGGCUGGCUGCUGCCCCGCGCUGCCCCGGCCGGGACCCUCCAGCGCUGACCUGACCUGGGCGCGGGCAGCGAGAGAGCUUGUUGUUGUCAGCACCUGAGGCGAGGCGAGGCGAGGCGAGGCGAGGCAAAGUUUCUCUCGGGUCUGCAGGCAGCCGGAGCCAGCAUGACAGCCAUAGCGGUGCAGGCACAGAGGUUGCUUGCUCACAGAAGACCCAAGAAAUCAUUCUUUGAGACGUUCAUCAGAAGCCUCAUUAUUUUGUGCGUGGCAAUAGCAGUUGUCCUGUCAUCAGUUUCAGUUUGCGAUGGCCACUGGCUUUUUGCAAAAGGACAGCUGUUUGGACUGUGGCACUUCUGCACCGUAGGCAACAGCACCAUAUUGAAAUGUGUCACUGAUCUGAAUCAGGCCAGUGUGGAAGGGAUUAAUUUUGGAAUGAUUCUUGCAAGAAGUGUGGUGUCUCUUGCUGUGGUUGUGGCAAUAUUUGGCCUGGAACUUCUGAUGGUCUCCCAAGUCUGUGAAGACACUAAUUCCAGACGAAAAUGGUCAAUGGGAUCAAUCCUUAUUCUUCUCUCAUUUCUCCUGUCCUCCAGUGGAGUCCUGAGUUUUUUAAUCCUCCUGAAGGACUACAUUACCUUCCUGGGUUUCACACUGACCUUUUGGUGUGAGUUCAUUGCUGCCUGCCUCUUCUUCCUUAAUGGAAUGAGCGGACUUCACAUUAACAACAUAACAUACCCGUGGAACAGAGCACGAAAAUUCUAGAACUGGUGGGAGUAUUCUGCUUUUGUGUCAUCAACUUUGCCAGUUAGACUGGAAAAAUCAGUCAAAUGAAAUUGGGAAAGAACAUCAGGUUUUUAAAGUCAUCUGCAAAGAGAAAAGGUUUGAGACAGUCUGAGAAUUUCAUAGGAUGUAGCCACAGUUCACUGCGGAUGGCUGCAGGGGAAAAAUUAAGACCUGCUCUAGUUUUAAAUGAAAUUUUCUGCAGUAGUAGAUAACAAAAUAAGGAAAGACUCCUAUUUUGUUUUAAAAUUAAAAAAAGCAUUUGAAGUGUUUUAUGGAUAGAAGACCUGAAAAUUGCAAUCUACAUCAGUUGUUUUAAAGUACUGGGGUCAAACACUCUGUGUGGUGCUUUUGGGUUUGGUAUUGCUUUUUCUCUCCCUAUCUUCAGUUGCUCUUCUUGAGUAUGUGAACAGAGCGUGAGGAGGAAUGCAUGCCCAGCGUGUUCAGCCCGCCCGAUGGAGCUUCAUUUCAAAUUGGACAAACUAUUUGUCUGGUCACAUUUAUUAGCGUGGCAUAUUGAAAAUCUUUAUCAGGGUUUCACACCCCAUCAUUCUCUUCACAAGACAUGAGUGAAACAGGUCUGAAUCAAUGUUAAUUAGCUCAUGUUUUCCAACUGUCACUCGUGUCCCCUAUAACUAUCCCUUCCAUAUAUAAUAUAUUAGAGGUUUGGGGUAUGUACAUCCACUAUGGUUAGGAUAUAGGGCCAGAGUCUCAUUUUGUCUCCAGCCCCUAGCAGCACAGAGGGACUGGAUUGUGGAUAUACAUGGCCAGCAGAUAAGGUGAGCAGACAGCAGAUGUGAAAAAUCAGGACGGGGGUGGGGGGUAAUAGGAGCCUAUAUAAGAAAAAGACCCAAAAAUCGGGACUGUCCCUAUAAAAUUGGGACAUCUGGUCACCCUACCAGCAGAGAAUUCCAUGAGGAAAAGGGAACUAGCCACUGGCAUAAAGCCAGCAGUGCCUGCUCCUGCACCAGCCACCCUAUUCCAGCCUCUUCUAGUGUAGGCGCUCAUGGGAUACUUUAGUAAAGGCCAGUGCAGACGGACUCAGAAUCAGGGAGCUCCAACUGGCUCCCUGAUAUCCCCACAGGGGCGACUUUGGCCCAUAGGGUUAAUUAAAGUUCAGCCUUGCUAUUUCUGAUCAUUCAUUUGUCCAUUCUCCUUUCACUUCGCUCCCAGGACAAGCAUGUCUGAGAGUGUUAAGCUAGCUGAUGUGAUUUACUCCACCAUGGUGACCCUUCACCCUGCCUUUUACCAUAGACGGUCAGAAUUAUUCUGGUUACACAAUACCAAUAAUUCCCAGUGAGUCAACGGGAAUUACUGCACCCAUGUAGCUAGAGAAAUAAACUCAUUCACUUUGCCAUGUAGAGGCUCUUCUGUGAUGAGAAAGAAAAUCUGUAGACCUGACAAUUUAGACAGAAUGAUUUCCCCUUGUGAUUUAAAAUCAGGAAACAUAAAAAAAUAAACUUCCCCAAAAAUGAGGUAACCAGAGGGGCUGAUUCUGCAUUCACUGAGUGCUGGCGUAAAUCAGGAGUCACUCCAGUGAAGCCAGUGAAAUUGCUGGUGUGAUGGAGACCAAAAUGCCAGGCCUAAGAUCUCUAAUUAAAAAGAUGCAUAAGUUCAUUACAGCUUUAAAAACUCUGCAAGUUGUUGAUGUAGUAAAAUUAGUCAAGCUGUCGACAGUCUAGUCAAGUUCCUGCAUGGCUGGCAGAAGCAGAAUACAAGCAUCUGAAUUUAGUGCUUGGAGCAUUGCUCCAAAUUCUUUUCAAUAUCCUUCCUGUUCAAAGUAGAACACUCCAUUGAUGAUGGACUAAAACAUUUAGAAAGUGUUUCACAGCAUCUGAUAAAAUCUAUUUUAUGUCUUUCUGGAAAGAUUUUUUUUUUAUUUCUAUAAAGACAAAUAUUUAAACAUGCUCCCUCUUCAUAGUUAUAUUGAAUCAAUAAUUCUUGAGCAAGGCAUUUAAUCUCCUGUACUACACCAGUUUCUUCAACAUACUCUUCCACCCAGUGCAAACACACCAGUAUAGUUUGUAGAAUAAAUGAACUGGAGGGAGAAUGCUACUUAUGUGAGCCAUGAAUAAAUGUCGUCCUUUGUGCAAAUCUGUUCUGUAAAGCCAAGAAUUAUAAGCACUGACUACAUAUAUUUUGUAAUCUUGUACAAUGCUCUUAAACUGACCGCUCAUUUUCUAAUGAGGAAAUAUUCUAAUAUUUUCUUUUUAAGCGAUAUCAACUUUCACAGAAUAAACUCCUAAACCUUUUUGUGUUCCUCAUUAGUACGGUGGGAGUGAGUUUUCAGUCCAGAUCUAGAUAUGUUUGUCUUGUUCUGGUAAACUUCCAUUGUUCCCUAGCACCCUCGUUUGUAUGUCUUUUUGAUAUGAUAAUGCACUAAGCUAAGUUACCCAGAGUAACUACUGAAUUUUAUCUUUUUGCAAUAUUGGGCCUAUUCCUGCAUUCCUUGUGCACCUAAAACUCCUGUUGCCUUCAGUAGGAAUUUGGGAUGCACAAGGAAUACUAGAUACAUGCCCCUGGAUCUGCCUAUGACAUGCUGCACUGUGAUCCUAGCUCUUUCUCUUGUUUAAAUAAGGUGCUUUUGCUUCACCGAAUUGCAGUUUGUUUAACGUAACUAGAAGCUGAACCUGCAACCACUUAACUCAUGGGAAGAGUCCCAUUGAUUUCAGUAGGGCUACUUUUAUGAGCAAGCGUUUGCAGGAUCAAGCCCUAAAUUGUUGCACAUUGGUUAUAUCAACCGUGUCAGUCUGUGGAGUGAGUGCCUUAAGCCAUCAUUAAGUAGUGUUUCAGUAUGUGGUACUGGGAUACAAACACAGAGUACCUCUGAGCAGGAGGAACCGGUGAUGGAGCACUUGCAUGAGAUCCAUGACCAGUGUAUCCAGGGUUUUGUGGAGACACAACACUUGAUGAAAUUACAUUCCUUCUUGGUAACUUCAAAACAAUGGCUAUAAAUGAUGUAUGCACUUUGAGGCCACCCUUAACACUAGCAAGAAUUAGACCCAGGAUGCUCCUGUCCUGCUUCUUUUGGAAGGAGGAGGGGAAAGUGGACCAUGAGUUGUAUAUCCUCACUAGUCACAUAUAAAGAGGAAAAAUCAGAGAAUGAGUUAGAGUCCACAUGGGACACAUAACAGUUGCUUGUGCUUAAGGAUGGUCCUGUACAGUUUUAUGAAUAAAUGAAAAGUCUUUUUUGAAAAAGUCCUCUACUGAAAGAAUUGUGCAGUUUCUGUCUGUAGCUGGCUUUGUCUAGCAAAUUAUUGUGCUUAUUACAUUGUGAUUAUAAGGUAUAUUUUGUUAGUAAAUGCUGUAGAACAGGCUAAUACUACUGUUCCUUUUUCUUAGGCUGUUGCAUCUAAUAAAUGCCUGUAUAUACAGUAGUUUAUACCUUUUCUAAAGCCUAAGACCAAAAAAAAAGGUUGAAAGUCAAUAUUCCUGGAGUUGAUGAUGUUAAAUAAACUACUUUGAAAUAAGA